AUGAGUGAUAAAGUAGUUUUAAUGUGUAAUUAUGGAUUCCGUGACAUUACGUUGAAUCUCAUAAAAAGUAUAGAGAAUCAGUACGAUCAGACUGACCAGUUCAAAAGCGAAUGGCACGAUAAGUUCAUGUUCUUUGCACUCGAUGAUCGAGCCAGUCAGUUUUUUCAAUCAAAAUCAAUAGAGGCGAUCAAUCUAUCCAAUAGAUCGGUUAUCAACAAGUGUUUCAAUCACUACAAGACAUUCAUUGGCUAUUGUAAUCAGUGCAAACGAUCGAUAUGUUCAGAUUGUCAUCCAGUUGGCCAGCAUACCGAUAUUCCCGACACCAACAAUCUUCAUCUAAGAGAUCAAUACAACAACGCAAUGAAUUCCAUUGCAAAAGAAGCAGUAGAACGUCCUAUGACAAGUGUAAAUGAUAUGAUGUCGAUGUUUGGUGGUUCAGCAGGUGGUAGCGGUAACACUAUUGCGUCUAAUGACACUGUAUAUGGUGAAGAAGCAGAAUCCUAUGGUAAUGUUGGAUUCCGUGCUAUCUGCAACGAGAAACCGUUGGUCGUACUGGAUGUUCUUAAACGUGGAUAUAAUGUGCUGUGGACAGACACCGAUAUCGUUUGGCUUGGUGAACCUUUCGCUGCAUUCAAGCACGCCACUCAAGAAUCCGGUAUCGACUACGACAGUUUGGACUUGAUUGUUCAACAGGAUGACGAUGACAUCUGUGCUGGAUUCUAUUAUAUCCGAUCGAAUGAAGUCACUAUCAAGUAUAUGGAGACGGUCAUUGCUUUCUUGAAUCCGAUUGUCGAUGAUCAGAUUUCAAUGAGAAAGUUCCUAAAGGAGCAUGCCAUUCAAAUCACCAAAAACAACAACAAUAGUAGUGGUGUCGACACUCCAAGUGGUAAUAAAUUAAGAUACUUCAGAUUGCCAAGAACAACAUUUCCAAAUGGUACAGCUUAUUUCAAUUUGAAGAUACCACAGAGAAACAAUGUUAAGCCAGUUAUAGUACAUAACAACUGUAUCAUAGGUCAUAGAAGUAAGAGAGAGAGAUUCAUUGAAUAUAAUCUAUGGUUCAUAGAUGAUAAUAAAGAGUUAAAUAUAACAACUACAACUGCAACAACUCCAACAACUAAGCCAAAGAUAGCUGCAACAGGAUUGUUUAAAGCACAUUUUGAUGUGAUUACAUCCAUCACCAAAGAUGAAAAAAACAACUUACUCUACACUGCAAGUCUCGAUAAAUCUGUAAAACAAUGGGAUUGUAACAAUGGCAACAAGCUGUUGAAAUCAAAGUAUGUUCAUAAGCGAGGUUCUAUCUGGGGAAUGUAUGUAAAUCCAUCACAUUCCGCCAAUAGCACUGCAAUACCAACAUCAAACAAUGCUAGAGAUAAUAUUGUAUUGAUAACGGCAUCACAUGAUAAGACAGUUCAAUGUUGGGAUAAAGAUAUGAAUUCGAUUCAGACUCACGGUGGACAUUAUGGUAUCAUCAAUGGUCUGUUGGUGAUUAACAACGAUCUUCUCGUUACUUGGUCCGACGAUAGAACUAUCAGAGUUGCAUCGGUAAAGGAUACAGACUACAAGAGAGUGUUUCUUGGUCAUACUGAACCAGUUAGCUCCGUUUGCUAUUUUAUGAAUCGAUUGUUCUCGGCAUCGUCAGACGGCACAAUCAGACAAUGGGAUUUCACAACUGGUCGUUGCACCAAUAUCAUUCAUUCUCAUCAAGGAUGGGUACGUUCCAUUGUUUACGAUAUAACAAAGAAUCAACUCAUAAGUGGUGGUAGCGAUGGUUCAAUUAAGUUUUGGAAUCUAAAUACGAGUGAAUGUACAAAAAUAAUCUACCCAAAUAUCGAUGAUUCAUCAAACAAUGUAUCAAUUUCACAGAUUAUAUUAGUCAAUAAUAUAUUGUAUGUUGCAUCAGAGAAUGGUUCAUUGAAGUCAUAUGAUAUAAAUGUAUGCAUAUGA